UGUUUUCGCGAAACAAACAUGCGUAUGCUCAGUGGGAGGAGGGUUGUGUUCAUGUCAGAGAAGGUAUUAGCGAGAAUCCUGUCAACAAACUCACAAAGAGUGUGAUUUCUGACGUUUAUUAAAUGGACAUUUCUUGACAGAAGCCUAUUUAGUUCAAGGAAACCGUUUUAUGUUUUCAACGUCUUUAGAUUUAUUCUCGAAAGAAACAGCGUGAAUGUCAACUGAGCGCUGACCCCUGCAACCCCCAGCCCAGACCCUAAUUGAUGUUUCGUGGUGAGGCCAUGACUGCUGUCAACAUCACCAAAGACAUCCUGCACCGGCAGAUCAGAGACAAGAGAGCAUCAGGCUUCCAAAGGGUGUAUCAUGUCACUGACCCUUUCAUCAAAAGACUUGGACUGGAGGCUGAGCUUCAGGGCCAUACUGGCUGUGUGAACUGUUUGGAAUGGAAUGAACGCGGAGAUUUACUGGCCUCUGGCUCAGAUGAUCAACAUGCCAUCAUCUGGGAUCCAUUCAAACACAAGAAGCUUACAACUAUGCACACAGGUCAUGCAGCAAAUAUAUUCUCUGUAAAGUUCCUCCCUCACUCUGGAGACAGAAUUUUAAUAACGGGUGCAGCCGACACAAAGGUGCAUGUGCACGACCUGACGGUGAAGGAAACCAUCCAUAUGUUUUCUGAUCAUACGAACAGAGUCAAACGCAUCGCCACAGCACCCAUGUGGCCAAACACCUUCUGGAGUGCUGCGGAGGAUGGCAUCAUCAGACAAUAUGACUUGAGGGAGAGCAGUAAGCGCUCAGAGGUGCUUAUUGACCUGACGGAGUUCUGUGGUCAGCUGGUUGAGGCCAAGUGUCUAGCUGUCAACCCACGGGACAACAACUACAUGGCAGUGGGAGCCAACGGGCCGUUUGUUCGCCUUUAUGACAUCAGGAUGAUUAACAACUACAGGAAAUCUAUGACUCAGAGCACAUCAGCAGCUGUGCACACAUUCUGUGAAAGACAGAAGCCCAUCCCAGAUGGAGCUGGACAGUAUUAUGUUGCAGGGCACCUGCCAGUGAAACUCCCAGACUACAAUAAUCGCCUGAGGGUCCUGGUGGCCACCUAUGUCACCUUCAGUCCUGAUGGCACCGAGCUACUAGUUAACAUGGGUGGUGAACAGGUGUAUCUGUUUGACUUGACAUUUAAACAGAGGCCAUACACCUUCUUGCUUCCAAAAACGUGCCAGUCAGCAGCAGGAGAUGUACAGAACGGAAAGACAACCAAUGGCGUCUCCAAUGGAAUUCUCUUGCCGACCAGCCAUAUUCGAUUUGCUGGAAGCAAGAUGCACUCUAGUUCUUCUGAGCUCCCGGCUCACUUGGAGAUGUUAAAGCAGCAAGCUAAUGAUGCAUUUGCACAUCAGCAGUGGACGCAGGCCAUCCAGCUGUACAGUUUAGGCAUUCAUCAUGCCAGCUGCAACGCCAUGCUGUAUGGGAACCGGGCAGCAGCAUACAUGAAGCGCAAGUGGGAUGGAGACCAUUAUGAUGCUCUCAGGGACUGCCUAAAGGCUCUGACUCUAAACCCUGGUCACCUGAAGGCUCAUUUUAGGCUGGCACGGUGUCUGUUUGAGCUGAAGUAUGUGUCCGAAGCUCUGGAGUGUCUUGAUGAUUUCAAAGGAAAGUUUCCAGAGCAGGCUCACAGUAGUGCCUGUGAUUCCUUGGAUAAAGAUAUCAAGGCAGCACUCUUCACCAAGACAGAAACAGCAGAAGAUAAGAAGUUCAACAGCUCCAUUCGAUUCCACUCCACUCCAUUAAGUCGGAAGGAGUCCAUCCCUGAAGAUGAGUUGGUGCUGAGAGAGCGCAGCUUUGACUACAAGCACAGAUACUGUGGUCACUGCAACACUACCACUGAUAUCAAAGAGGCCAACUUCUUUGGAAGCAAAGGCCAAUACAUUGUCAGCGGUUCAGAUGAUGGCUCCUUCUUUAUCUGGGAAAAGGAGACCACUAAUCUGGUGAGAAUCCUGCAGGGGGAUGAGUCCAUAGUCAACUGCCUGCAGCCGCACCCGAGCUACUGCUUCUUGGCUACAAGUGGUAUUGACCCUGUGGUUCGAUUAUGGAACCCCAGACCAGAGACAGAGACUGAGAACGGGCGAGUGGUUGAGGACAUGGAGAGUGCUGCUCAGGCGAACCAGCGACGUAUGAACGCUGAUCCGCUGGAGGUAAUGCUGCUCAACAUGGGCUAUCGCAUCACAGGCCUGCGUGGCGUCGGCCUGCAUGGCGUCGGCCCGGAUGGCUCAGAUGACGAAGACAGUUCAGAGGGACAAGUACAGUGUCGGCCAAGCUAAAGAAACUGUCAGCCAUUCUAGAGAAUGGCUGUAGGAAGCGAAGCACUCUCCUAGCUCCUGUUUUGAAUCUUAAUUUCUCCCCACCCCCCAAUCUGACAGAAACAUUGAGUGAAUGUCUUGUCACAUCUCUGCACUAUGCAUCGCCCUCCCCUGUCCAAAGAGAGGACUGGUGGAGACCACUUUGGGGAGAGGAAUUCACGGAGGGUGGAGAAGACACCCAUCUCACCCCCUUUUAAGCACCUAUCUCAGCCUCACCUUCCACCCAGUGUUGACAGGGGGACAUCUUUUGAGGAGAGCACCUUCCACAUCACUCCCCAGUUUCUCGCGAAGAAGGAGGAGUUCAGCACUUAUCCUUCCUCAGGUUCAUGUUGGAGAGACACACAACACGUAAGAGAAGCCUGUGCUCUGACGACCUAUUUUGAGGUCAGUCAGGCCACACAGUCGCAGUGACUUCCAUGGAGGAUCGGAUCGCAGACCAGAAGACGGUGCUUUGUUGCAUCUCCUGUCUGCUCUGCAGUUGGAGCUAAAAGUCUUAGUGCCCGCUCAUUUAAAAAAGGCUGCACACCCAAGUCAUUCAUUCUGAGUUAGACUAGGUCAUAUUUUCAGUUGGGGUUUUGAUCACAGGAAGCCUAGAAUGAAUUGUCACUCUCCGAGUUGUGGAAGUUGUACUGUUGCUCUAACGAAAUGUAUUUAUAAACUUUUUGUUGUUGUUUAUAACUGUCAGAAAAAAAAGUGGUUUCUUCUGCCAAAGCUUGUCAUUUCAAUGGCCUAGGAUUCAUAUCUGUUUUUUUGUUUCAUUGAAACAUAAUUUUGGCGUACUGUUCUCAAUUUAGUUAGGACGUUUUACUACAAAAAAUUGUUGACAAGAUCAACAAGAUAUUAGAGAAACAUUAGUGAUAUAAAAAACAACGUCAUUCAGUUUUUGGAUAUCAAUUAAAAUCCCAUCAAAUGCAAAUGUCCUUUGGCCUUAAAUGUCAGUGUGAAACUUCUGUUGGGUGUAAGUGGGACACAGAUGCUAAUUUUUGUUUUUUGGCAACUCGCCGCUUUUGGUGGCUAUAGGUUUCCUUCCUACUUGCCGAGUGGCUCCAGCACUAUUCCUCUGCUGCAGUCAGGUGUUCAGUCCUGAUUGCAUGAUGCAUCUCUGACCAUAUUUGUGGGCAAAAAAUGACACAGAGCCAUCCUAACUGUUGCUAAGAGAACAGCUCCUUGGGUCUCCUAUGCCUCACAUGGGGUAAAUGUAAGCAAUGGGUCCUCAUUGACAAAAUGCAACACUCUGCUUCCAUGUAUUCUAUUUUGUUAAUUAAUUCGAGAUACUAUGUUUUCUUUGCGGACUCCAUAAUAACCUUGGUUGCAAACAAAGUAAAGAAUGAAAUUAUUGAACAUA